CACAAAACCUGCGACGACUAGCACACUACUGAUAAAAGUAAACGUGAACAUUUUAGCUUGUAUACAGUAACAAAAUCCAUUGAUUUUUGAGUAAAAAAUGAGUAUGUGAUUUUAAUUUUUGAUAGAUUAAAACUUCAGUGUAGCUUUAUCUAUCACCAUGUACAAAACAGUGCGUCACGGUGAAAAUAGUCUUCAAUACACUAUCCUUCCGCAAACCGAGGAAGUGUUAAACAACAGUGGAAUGAAAGGAAAAGGUCGAGAUUUCAGCCCAUCAAUUCACAUAAUACGAUCAAGAAAAAGGAGACCGAUGAAAUAUGUUUUAAUUGCAAUAUUCGGAAUGAUUAUUGCACUAGCACUUGCUUGUGUACCCCUGUACGUUAUGGACUGGGAUGACUGCACGCGUAAGGUUCAUCACGAAAUAACAACACCAGCAUUAUCUCCAAGUGGCAGAGAAUUUAUUCGUUCUCGAAAGAAGGAAUUGAAAAUAUUACCAGAUCUUAUGACUGUGCAGCCAAUGCCGGAAAAAUAUAUCCAAACAACGACUACUCCAGUUCAAGCCACUAGUUCUAGUUCAACAUCUCCACCCUUGAAUUCUGAAAUAAAUUUUAAUCAGCCAUGGAUUAUCCCUGCGUUAAGAUCAUGGAAAGCUCCAGUUUCAUCAACUUCUCUGCCAACUGAAAAAAUCGCUGGAAUCUCAGUUAUUUCAACGGCGUCAGUUAGUGGUGUUCGUCUAUUAGACCACUACAUGUCUAUGAAGUCAUGGGACAAAGAUACUAUCAUAAGACCUACAGUAACAUCUGAGCAUGUCACGUUCCGUGCCGUUUUCAACUAUUAUUCAAACCCUCCGAUUCCAUCCGAAAAACCGACUGAUAAGACAAGUUUCGAAGAUGUUUUGAUCACAACAAAAGCACCGACAACAAAACUUAUGGCUUCAACUGAUGUUACGAGUACGAGUGAGGUGAACCUGUUUAAGGAUUUAAAAGAGACAUUGUUAUCCGUAGAUGAUGAUGAUGAGUUCAAAGAGUCACUGGAAGUAGAUGAAGUAUUUUCGCUACCGUCAAUAAAGCCAAAUGCGGAAGUACCGGUUUCAGAUUCCGACGAAGUCACUGUGUCAAGGACUGUGGUUGGUUCUAAAGGACUCAAGUGGCCUUUCGACUUUUCAGUUUUGCAGACCUGGUCCAAUCGAUUUUUCAGUGACCAACAUCUCAUAUACAAAAUUCUGCCUCUCCUCAUCCCCUUGUCGUCCAUACUGAUAAUGAUCGUGAUGUGCAUAUAUAUGGUGAAAUUAAGAAGGAUCCUGUGUCCGAAGGUCGAUAAGGCUGGGAAUACAACAGACCACACUGAAUUACUAACAGCUGAAAACCCAGAAGAAGCCGAAGAAUGAUUGCCGUCACUAUUACUUGGAUUUCUGCGGACUCAAUUCUUAUAAACAAGUCGAGGAAAAUGUACAUAUAAAUCGUUUAAAACUUACAAUGAACAUCGCGUUAAAUAUAGAAAAACUAUUUCUAAUUAACGGUUAUUAUAUUUUUAUUUGGUUAUUAACAUAGUAGAAAAAUGUAUGUUUACUACCUACUAGACAAGAUCUGUGGCCGUAGAUGCUCAUUGAGUUUCGGUUCCGACGCCGCAACUCGUUGAGUCAACUGCGAGCAAGCAGGAAGACCAGUGCACUGUUUUGUAAGCCGUGAACGUUGUUAUCAACAAACUAACACCGAUUUUGUUUAAAGUGACCAAUAAAAUAUUGUCAUUAUUAUUACAUCUACGUUUGUAAGUCAUAUUCACGAUGCCUGCUCCCGUCUUCGCCCGCCCGCGUGAUCCAAUAUUGCGAUACAAUUGUUAUAUCAAACUACUUGUGUACUGUGUGUACACAUAUAACUAAGUCUUUGGUUAUUAAUUAUUAAAUUAGUUUUUAAAUAAUUUAAUAAAGUUAAAUACGUUUUUAAAUCACAGGUAUCUAUUGGAAAUCCGAACAUACCUCCAUAAUAAUUAUCCUAAUAAUAAUAUACCUUUUGCGUAACAUUUUCCUUAAUUUGUGCAUAAGAUUUGAAGGACUUAUUAAUUACAUGUUUUUGGCGAAAUCUAUUCGAAAUCCUAGAGCUUUGUACAUUAAAUAUUAUUGCUAUAGUCUAGAUCACUAAUAGUGUAGACAAAAAUUAAUAGAAUGUAAUAAUAUAUUUUGUAAUCAACUUAAAUUUGGACUGAAUUGGUAACGUUAUUUGCCAAAUCGUUAUUUUUGUUACGAUCAAUUUAUUUAGUAUUUUAUACACCUCAUGGCAUUUGUACAAUAACUGCAUGUUGAAAUAAUAAAAUUAAAAUCCAAUUCGCGAAGACGAAUAAAUUUCGUUCUUUGACUUGUAUGAGCGGAAUUACUUAUAAAAUAACCACGAAAGAGCUAUAGUAAGGCCAACAAGAUGAGUUACAGAAUGUCAACAAAGUUUCAGGGCCUAAAAUAUUUUCAACGAUAUCUAAUAUGGUAUAUUUUGAAAAUAAAACAAUUGAUAUGUAUUUCAAAGGUUGUCUAGAGCUGUCAGACUGUGUUUCCAUAAUUUAAAUCAACAACUGCUUACAAUUACAGAAACAAUCAAUACGAAAGUAGCAGUGGCGGAUUAAUAAUAACAAAAACACGAAACAUUGUGACUGCGUACGAGUGGUAAAACAAUCGCUUGCAAUCACAGUGUAACUGUGUGUGUGUGUGUAACCGUCCGUUUGUUUACAUUCUUUGUCUCAUCUCGUUGGCUGUACUAUACAGGGAAGGAAGGAAUUAUAUGUAGGGAAGGGGAAUGGCCUGCUUAAAAUUAAAUUACCUACUAUAAAUCAAAAUUGAAAAAAUCGAGUAUCUUUAUAGAAAUAUUAAUAGAAAAAAUAUUAGUAGAAAAACUAAUAAUAUCAUAAGUAAUAUACAUUUUCAUUAAAUUAAUUUUCGUGAGAUCAAUCUUAUACUUACAAUAAGAAUCACAAAUUAAUAUUGUAUAAACUAACACUAUUUGUGCAGAAAAUCUGCCUUAUACAAUUAGUUAAUGUUUAGAUCAUUUAUAUGUACGUCUAAAUGGAGCCUCUUGCAUCUAGGCAACCGAUGAAAACAGGCCAGGUUUAUUACUUUAGUGUGCGUAAUAAGCUACGUUUUACACUCGGAUUUGUAUGUCACUUUGUGUUAGUGUUCGGGCUUUCCUCAAAAUAGAGACUAACUGUCAACCUCAAUUUUUUUUCCAUACCUGGCAAAGUUUAUCAAGACGUAGAAAUGAUCAAUUAAUAUUAUUUGAAGUAAAUAUGAAUGGAAAAUAGAACUUUUAAUUUUUGGAAGUCAGUGACGUAUCUGCCUGAUGAGCAGACCAGAACGAGUUGAGGUGUCCUCAGACAGUACAGCUGACUGUUUCAGCGGUGCUUGUCAGCUUCACUCACUUCAGAUAUUAGAGGUCAUUCACCUCCCCUCGCAUUUCGUUACAUAACUGGUGGCUAAGUUCCAUUUUAUAAACUUAUAUAAGUUCACCAUCUCCGCAAAGAGUAGGUACAGACAUAGACUAAUCUUGUAAGCCAUCAAAAGUUAAAACCUAUUAUCCUCAAUAAGAAUCGCCUGCUUAGACGCUUUUUCCUAUAAUUACCUAUAUCCAUAAAGAAAAGUAAAUUCUAUCAGUAUUAUAAUUAAUAUAAUAUUGACAACAUAUUUUUAAUAAUUUCUAUAAUAAACUGUAGGAUAGGUUUUAUUAAUGUCAAAAAUAUUAAUGUAUUACAUCGUUAUAUGUAUAGAUAUAAGACUGAACUAUAAUUCAAUAUGUUUGUGGUUGCCAGCAAAAGCAUUAUUACUACACUUGUAAGUUUCAAGCAAAGAGGAAAACAUGUCUGUUCGCUCGUCACGUUUAUUGACAUUAGAAUGGCCGCAAUAAUUUAUUGUUAAAUAACAUUUAUUACUUUUACAGUGUGUUAGUUUAAUACAUAAAUACAAAACAAUUUAAAAUAUAAAGAGCUUAUUCGAAAUGGUCUCCAUUGGCUGCAAUACAGUCCUUUAAACGUUGAGGCCAGUUAUCAAUAGAAGUACGCACUCAUUUCAUGGAAAAAUUCUUCAUUGCCAAGAUGCUCAGUUGUGAAAAUGUUCUCAUCCGUAAACAAAAAUUUUCUGUUACCUCCCUUAGCGUACCGCUUCAGUAGUUGUUUCGAUUUUACCACCCUAUACUUUUUUAAAUUAUCUAUCUGUCCCUUAUAGGCUGCAAGUCCUAAUUCAUCUUUUAAAAUGCGCGACAUGGUCCUAGGUGCUAUUUUCAUCUCCCGAGAUGAAAUCUUUUGCUUUCGGACAGGAUUUCUUCGAAUUCUUUUCCUUACUACUUUGACCACUUUUUUCGUACGAACACUACGUGGACGGCCAGAUCUUUUUCUGUCACAAACAGAGGAGGUCUCAUUGUACCCAUUAAUAGGUACCGGUACACAAUUGGCUUUAUACCUACUUUGUGUAAUGCAAUCAGAGCGAUUCGAAUCUCUUUAUCACCCCAUUCCAUUUUGAUAUCGCAAAAUAUUGUAAAAUGUAUUGGCGCCAAAAUGAGGAAUCUCAAUAAACAAUCGUAUAACAAUGACAGGUUCCAAAUUCAAAGUAAUGUUUUGUUUAUUUUUAAUUGUAACAGUAUUUAUGGCCAGACUGAGUAUAGGUACGUCUAGAUAGUGAUACUUUGAUAGCUGUAAACACGUCGGAAAAGUAAUGGCGAAUCUAUUUUUAGCAACGCACGCACAAACAAAGUGAAUAACGUAUUGCGAGUGUAAGACGAACUUGCCUCGCACACUACAGUAAUAAACCUGACCUUUUGUUGUCGCGCCUUGUGUAGCAGCUAGAGUCUCUAUCUAGACGUAUAAAUUAUUUAAGCAUGUAAUAACGUCAAAUUCAAUUCAUGCACUUAUCAAAAUAUUAUUCUUCAAAAAUGUCCACUGACGCUUAUCUGUAAGUCAGUGUUUUCUAACAAGAUGCCUCAAGAGUUUCAACUCUGCGAGCUCCAACGAGUGGGUUGCGUCAAUACAACUUUCGAUUGAACUCCAAGCGUCCGCGUCGGUAUAAGUACCAAGACGGUUCUGCGCUAAAGCAGUCGACUGUUUCAAAAUAAUCUGUCCAACAGUGACAACGUAAUCAGAAUAAAAAUCACAAAACAUAGCGCUGACACUUGAUGGAACAUCUCAUGUGCCUAUAAUAUUACUUGCACCAUCCAAAACAGAGCACAACAAGUGGUGCACAUAGAUACUGACAGUAUUACUGCUACCACCAAUAACUGAAUCAUCAUAAACUACAAACGCUCACUGACUGUCGUGACUGUACACACUCUAUUAUAUUAAAUAACAUUUUCAUAAUAAAAUCACUACUCCAUCAAACUAACCUAGAAAUUGUUUCGAUUCAAUGUAUUUGUAAGGCGUGCUUGCAAAUUGUUCAACGUAAAUGAGAAAUUCAGGAAAUAGGUUUGGUCAACUGUAACUUAUACAAAAUUCCAUUAAUGUUUAAAAAUAGUAAUAGCUAAUGUCUAAUGAUUUUUUUUAUUGUAAUAAGAACUGUUUGUAAUAGCGUAAGAAAACUGUUUGUUUCCUAUAUAUCUAUAUAUUGAUAAAGGUUUGUCCUGGAAACCCAAUUUUGUUUCCAAUUUAGUAAAUGAUGUGUAACUUGACAAUUUUUAUAUGCAUGUAGAGUUUGCUUGUUUAGUUUUAUUUGGUGUUCGAAGUAAAAGAAUGUAAUAUGAUGUCGGCGAACGAAAAUAGGCGAUAAUGAAUUAAUAGCCAGAUAUCUUGACCUAUUAUAAUAAUUUCUACAGUAGAAAUUAUUGAAUUUGGAAAUUGAAAUUGGAGUAAUUUACAUUUAACGGGAGUGAUCAGCUAAUGUAAAGUAAGGCCAACGAGACGAAAUAAAGAAUGUAAACAAAGUUUUCAGGGGUUCAAAACAUUUUCAUCGAUAUCUUUGAAUAUUGAAAAGAAUUGAUAUAUUUCAAAUUUGGUGUGUGAUUCCAUAAUUAAAAUCAACAACUACUCACAAUAACAGCAAAAAUCAAUAAGAAAACUAACAGUUACGGAGUAAUAGUAACAAAAACAACUACUUAAUACGGAAACGAAAAAAUACGUAUCACUUCGAACGCCAUCCUAACAUGAGUGGACGUGUUCAUUAAAAGCCGGACCAAAAGUUGACAGUUGCGGUACUGACUGCUUUUCUGUAGCAUGAAACACGCAAUGACAGCUGACGUCGACCAACUGACAUAGGAACAGAGCCUCGCAGUGUAACGGUCGGUUGUUUACAAUCUUUAUCCCGUCUCUCUGGCCUUAGUGGAGUCAUACCUUCGUCGGCGUGGGUGAGGAAUUACUAACAGACACAUUUAUAUAUCUGACAUAUCAUUUUGUUACGGAAGCAAGUUACGGAAAAUAUCAGCAUGAAUGUUAAGCUACAAAAAUUGUUUGAACACAGCUGCAGCAUUAGCUCUAUCUAGCUUUCGAAGAUAGAAGGUAUUUGUAUCCUCUAUUUUCAGCAAACACUGUACAGAAAUAAAUCAUGUUUUACCACCA